AAGCUGGGGGUCGAGCGUGCUGAGCCCCCCCCUCCCCGCACCGGCAGCUCCCUGGGGCGUAGCCACGGCCCCGUUUCCUCCCCGCCGCGGCGGUAGCGGGGGGUUGCUCUCUGUCUGGCCGGAUCUGCACAUCCUCGCUGACGCCGAUUGGGAUCGAUCGGCUGCAACGGCACGGAGCCGGGCAGCCCCCGGACCUGCUGCCUGGCGUCCCGGGGCCGGCUCUCCCCACCAGCCAUGCCGGGCCGGCACGGGCUUGGCACGGAGCUCGGCCGAGGCUUGUGCUUGGGGGGGGCUUCCCGGUGGCUGCAGGCGCUCGGACUCUCCAUGGGGCCCUCGUGAGACCCGGCCAGUUGCCUCCACCCCGGAGCCGUGCGGGACGGGCCGGAUCUGGCCCUUCUCGCCUCUCUCCGGCAUGGAUCUCCUGCAGAAGAGCAAAUACAGCCACCUGCGGAACGAGUCUGUCUCCUCCCUGGAGGAGGUGGUGGGGGGCCUGGGGGUCCCAGCCUCCCCAGUGGAGUCCCUGGCAGGCACCUCGUCUCUGCCUGGCUCCCUCUCCUCCUCCUCCCUCGGCCCCGCGGUGUCUGUCGGGGAGCUCUCUCCCGAGUCGGAGGACAGUCCCACCACCCUUUGCUCCUUCUUCCCCAAAAUGGCCAACCUGAAACUCUCCAACCCCGCCAACCUGCUCAGCCUGCGGGGCUCCUCGGCCGGUGGCAGCCCCGGGGACCCCGCUCCUGCCGGGACGGUGGCACUGGCGCCGGGGGGAGCUGCCGGCUGCGACUCAGCGGGACCUGUCGCUGUCUGUUCCCAGGAUAUGAACAAGGGAGGGAAGAAGACGCGGGUGGAAGGCGGCCAGCUGGGGGGUGACGAAUGGACCCGCCACGGCAGCUUCGUCAAUAAGCCCACCCGCGGCUGGCUGCACCCCGAUGACAAGGUCAUGGGCCCCGGGGUCUCCUACCAUGUCCGGUACAUGGGCUGCGUGGAGGUCCUCCAGUCCAUGAGGGCUUUGGAUUUCAACACCAGGACGCAGGUCACCAGGGAGGCCAUCGGGCUGGUGUGUGAGGCCGUGCCCGGUGCCAAGGGAGCUGUGCGGAGGAGGAAGCCCUGUGGCCGCUCUCUGAACUCCAUCCUGGGCAAGAGCAACCUGAAGUUCGCUGGCAUGCCCAUCACCCUCACCAUCUCCACCAGCAGCCUCAACCUCAUGGCUUCUGAUUGCAAGCAGAUCAUCGCUAACCACCACAUGCAGUCCAUCUCCUUCGCUUCUGGAGGAGACCCGGACACAGCUGAGUACGUCGCUUAUGUUGCCAAAGACCCCGUCAAUCAGAGAGGUGAGGCCACCCCCGGGGGUCCUCAAUGCCAGAGCCCCAUUUUGUGGGUGUUUCAUCUCAGCUCAGUGUGGUGGGGAGGGAGGGGGACCCCCAAAAGGGAAGCUCUGGGGUGCACAGGGCAGGCUGGAGGGUUGGGGAGCUUCAUGUUGGGGUUCCCCGUUCCCUCCCCAGCCUGCCACAUCCUGGAGUGCCCCGAGGGCCUGGCGCAGGAUGUGAUCAGCACCAUCGGGCAGGCCUUCGAGCUGCGGUUCAAGCAGUACCUGAAGAACCCCCCCAAGCUGGUGACACCCCACGACAGAAUGGCAGGGUUUGAUGGCUCUGCCUGGGAUGAGGAAGAGGAGGAACCAGCCCCGGAUCACCAGUACUACAAUGACUUCCCUGGCAAGGAGCCUCCCAUCGGGGGGGUCGUGGACAUGCGGCUGCGGGAUGGGGCUGCUCAGACCCCCAAUCAUUUGGGGGCCACGCUGCCCGUCGGCCAGACGUCUGGGGGGGACUAUGACCCUCGGAAGCAGCACACUCCUGCCCAAGCAGGGAGAGAGAAAUACCCGGCUCCGGCCGGCGCCUCCGGCCGCACGGACCUGUUCGAUGACCCGUCCUAUGUCAACGUGCAGAAUGUGGACAAGACACGCCAAGCCUCAGCCGCUGGCACCCCCGCGACGGCCAACGGCAGCACCCAGAGAGACCUCUUCGACAUGAAGCCCUUUGAAGAUGCGCUGCGUGUCCCCCCCUCUGUGCCCGUGGGGCUGCCCCCCGCCCAGGUGGUGGCCUCCAUGGAGGAGCAGCUGCGCCGGGAGCCCUGGUACCACGGGAAGAUGAACCGCAAGGAGGCCGAGAAGCUGCUGAAGGUGAACGGAGACUUCUUGGUGCGGGAGAGCACCACCACCCCAGGCCAGUACGUGCUGACGGGCUUGCAGGGCGGGCAGCCCAAGCAUCUGCUGCUCGUCGAUCCCGAGGGAGUGGUGCGGACGAAGGACCACCGCUUCGAGAGCGUGAGCCACCUCAUCAGCUACCACAUGGACAAUCACCUGCCCAUCAUCUCGGCCGGCAGCGAGAUGUGCCUGCAGCAGCCGGUGGAGAGGAGACUGUGAGCGCCCCCGGGGGCCCCCCCGGCGCCCCCCGCCCCGAGCCCCGCUCCCUGCCCCAGGGAGCCCUCGGACUCUCAGCCGUGCGCUGUGCCCGGCACUGAGCGAGGACUUGGCCGGGGUCCGUCCCCCUCUGCCCCGAGGAG